UCUAUGGCGCCGGAGCAAAGAAAAGAAAAAAUUUCAUGGUGUUGUGGGUGACACAUAUACGUAGAAAAUUUUAGUGUAAGAUUAUCACAUUGGCACCAACGGCAGGGAAAUGGAAUCAAUGGAAUAUGAGCUCGCAAGAAACCUCACUCUGUUGUUCUUCGUGGAACGCCUGCUCGACAAAGGCGAGCCUCGGACGCUGCACGACUUAUCCUGCCAGUUUGGUGCCAAAGGAUUCACGAAGGAGAUGCGACAGAUCGCUGGCGGGUCGCAGUCGGGACUCAAGAAGUUCCUGGCACAGUACCCGGCGUUGUUCAACAUAGACGGGGACUAUGUCGAUAUCAACACGUUCCAAAAGCAUCCCAGCGGGCUGGGCGCCUCAUCGAACAACGACUACAUCGAAGAGGCCAAAGAGUACUUCGCGAGCAAGAUGGUGCAGUACGGUGAGGGCACCGAGGUGCCCAUCAAGAGCCUCCUCGGUCACCGCAGCCAGGCCUCCCCGCAGGUACGUCACAUCUCCGGACAACGCAUCAAGGAGUUCAAAGAAUUCCUGAUGAAGCACCCCGACACUUUCCAAAUCAUCGAUGACAAUGUUGUUCUAGUCAGUGAGAAUCAUAGGCGGGGCAAUACACACAGCAACUCCGAGCAGUUCCACAAUUUGCCCGUGGCAAACAUAAACACAGACACCGCUCAACAAUUGCUCGACUAUGUGGCUCAGUGCAUAGAGGCCAAAGGCCCGGUGAUGGUGGAUCAACUCUUUCACUUGAUUGUAUCCCGUUUCCCGCAAGAAUACUGGUAUCAGAUGUUUAAAUCACCCGCUGACUUGAGCGCCUUUCUUAAGAUAUUCUCAGACAGUUUUCAUGUUCAAUCAAACCUUGUCACACUUAUUAGUAAACCAAAAAUACCUGUUAUGUAUCUAAAUGCAAAAAAUGUUAAAGCUAAGACUGAAACACCAAAGCCAGUUGAAGAGAAGCCGGCUUCACCGGUCCCUCCCAUUGUAGCUAGCCCUACUCCUUCUGAUGGCACAAAAAGCCCAGCAAACAGAAUACUCAGCCCUACAGAAUCUCCUCGUAACCCACAAGCUAAUAUUGCUAAUCAGACAUUGAAACAAAGAAUCAAUUCAAUUGUAAUUAAAAAUUUGGCAGAAAACAUGGUUAGAGAUAGAGUCAACAAUCAUUUAAAUGCACGAGCUCCUGAAGAGGUAAACGGCACACCGAGCUUGAGAAAUAACAUGAUGGGCGAAGCUUGGCGCCAGAAAGUUCUACAGUGCACAACAGUCAUAGCCAAUGCUAGGGAAUGUGCUACACUUAUUGACAGUAUCAUGAAUCCUAAACGUAAUUCAAAGAGCAUUGUUUCUUUUGAUUGUGAAGGAAUCAAUCUUGGCUUAAAGGGAGUACUUACUCUAUGUCAGAUAGCUACAAUGAAUGGCGAAGUAUACAUUUUAGAUAUUAUGGCAUGCCCAAAUAUGGUUGUGGAAGGUAAAAUUAAGGAAUUGCUUGAGAGUGAAAAUGUAGUGAAAAUUAUACACGACUGCCGAAAUGAUUCAGUCAAUUUGCACAAUCAAUUUGAGAUCACUUUGAAGAAUGUUUUUGAUACUCAGGCUGCCCAUGCUGUGUUGCAAUUGCAACAGCAAUGUGUGCCUGUAUACAAGGUUAAGAAUUUAAGUCUAAAUGCACUGUGUGAGCUCUAUAAUGCUCCAAUGAAUCCGAUGAAAGAACAGCUGAAGAAUGUCUAUCGUCGAGACCAAAGAUACUGGGCCAGGAGACCAUUGACAAAAGAUAUGAUCAUUUAUGCUGCUUCAGAUGUCUUGUCCUUAGUCAAUCCUGCUAUUUAUGCCUACAUGUCGAGUAAUAUUAAGGGCGAGAAUCAGCAACUAUUUGAAGAACUGAGUAAUGAACAAGUAUUCAUGCACAUUCAACCCACAGAAGUGAAACUACGUAAGAGACAACGAAAAAUUAACACCGAAGUUGGCGAAUUGAAGUUGAAACUAGCAGAAUCAACAAAAAAUAUUGUGUUGAGUAACAGGGAGAUCAGGCUUCUGAGAUAUCUAGAACUUACUGAGGAGGAGAAGGAAAAGCUAAAGGGAUGUCACAAAAUCUCUAAAAAGCUGGAGAAGCUUGAAGCUAUUGGCCAAGAGAAGGACUCUGAUUCUGAGGAUGAUGAAAGGGAAAAUGAGAUGGCUAGCUUAGAGUCAAAUCCUUCAGAUUCUAUCUCCUCGCCACAUUCUACUCAGCCACCAAGUCUAACAGAGUCCAUGCAAAUGAUGGACGAAAUCCUUUCGGACACAAACAUGGACAAGGUUGAGAAAAUAAACCGUUUGGAAGCUAUUUUGUCUGCUGUGGCGCCACUCAGCGGAGAAUUAGAGGACAAAUUCUCUCAAACUAUGGAACAAACUCUUCCAUUGCUCAAAAACAAGGACUGGUCUAACUUGAGCCAAAUUCUAAACAUAGACACAGAUAGUAAACACUGUUGCUGCAGAUGCCAUAAACCGACAUUCGACGAUGUUCGAUGCAAUGAUCUCAAUGAAACCAAGAAAGCGGAGGUUGGUUCUCAGACCCUCAGCACGGGGGACAUUGUGAUCACAAGAAUCCACUUCAGAGAAGAAGAUAAGUUGAACGAAAGGGUCCUGGAUGCUUCCCCCAUGAGCAAACGGGUAGGGAUCAACAACAUGUCUUGAUUUACUUCCGUUUAUCUGAGUGCCACAGUUAAGUUUCGGAGCACCUUCUGAAUUGUGAUCGGUCCCAUUUUUAUUUAUUUAAGUUAGAUUGAAUUAGAAUCCCCAUUUUUAGGUUAGAACUAGCAUUUUUGGACGUGCGGUUGAUCGAGUAUGUUCUACUUUAAGGCGGUAUUGUUUACGAACUGAAAUUAGGUCAAUGUUUUUAGUGUAAACUGCUUUAGUAUAAAGAAAACGUAUCAUAUCGACCAACAUAUUUUGUUCAAAUCUAAUAUUUACACAGGUUUAUCGAUAAAAGUAGUUCGAUUGAUAGAAAAUCGCUAGAAAAUUAUGUUAGAAAACAAGACGUGCUGAGAGAAAAUCUGCAUGUCCCGCUAAAAAUGGGGUACGGCUAUUGUGCCGGGGAUAAUAUACCGGUACGAACGAGGUGGAAUAAAUUAAUAUGUGAGGUCGGCAUUGCGAGUCUCGUGCGCCUACGCCUAUAUGCUCAUUUGAGCGGAGAUGAGCUCGUGCUCGAAUAAAUGCAACUGUAAUCGCAUAAUAAAUAAACGGCUACUUCUUUCCUUCAACUGGAAUAGACAGUAUUUGCUGCAAAGCAGUUUCAAUCCCGCGCAAUAUAGUUGUCAUCACUUGUCUUUCACAAGACAACCGUCGUAUGUAUUUUCUGGGAUUGUGUUUUGAUGGAUUUCCGUAGCGAGUAUUUCCACUUUUUUACUUAUGUUUAACUUAUUAUUAUGUUGGCUAUUGCCUUGUUAAGUAACCAGACUUAAAUGUGAUAGUUUCCAAGGCCUAUUUAUCUCGGUUCUUAUUUGAAUUGUAAAUAAGAUAAAGCAUGCAGAAAUCUAUACAUAACAAGAAAUCGCGAUGAUCGAGUGCGUUUCCGAUAUAGUGAUAGUGUUUAUUAUUUAUUUAUAUCACGAGAUUUUUGUGUAGCUGAACAGUGCUACGGAAAGGAAAAUGGCAAUAAUAAGUAUACAAUAAAGGUUUUUAUUGUAAAAUAUUUAUCAUAACAUUAGGAGUAGCAUUUUAAAUCGUGUUUAAAAAUAUUAAAAAAUGGUUUAGGGUUAGUGUUAAACGAAUUUUUAUAUCACGAAAGGAAGAGUAGAGGUGCUUCUAAAGUCUAAUUUGUUUAAUCAUAUUGUCUACAAACGUAGGUAGAGAUGAUGUAGAUAGCUAAGUUUUAUCUAACUUUUGUUUUAAAAGUAAUCAUUUGUGCCUUGAAGUCAUAUCCAACGGAUGCCUUUAUUAAAAAAGUGAAUUUGUAGAACUUUUUAUACGUAUAUUUAGUUGUAAUCAUACCAUGUUUAGAAAUAUUUAUUGUUUAGAUAAAUAGGUGAAAGUUUAUACAAAACUAAUGUAGUGUACAGUCUCCCACUUGAGUUAUACCUUGUGUUUGAAGAUGCUCCUAGUUUCACAGGUAUAACUUACGUUGACGUUUGUAUCACUAAUACACUAAUAAAAACUGCCUUAACUGUUUUUUGAAAUGUUCUCUGAAAAUAACAUUUUGUAUAUCGAGAAUAGUUGUUCUAAGCAUGUUGAAUCGUUUCGAAUAGUUUAUUUUUCUGUUACAGAUAAAAUACGUUAUGAAAUACUAA